AUGGCCGCCCCGCCAACGAGGAGAACCCACACCAGAAUCGCCGGCACGCCUGACUAUGACGAUCCCAGCUUCUGGGAUACGAAGUUUGCCACCGGUCGGGACGUCGGCGAAUGGCUGAAUUCCGGCGAGACGCUGCUCGACGCGGUGCUGUCGUACCUGGAGAGAAGUCGCCCCGCGGCCCCGCGCGUGCUGCACUUGGGGCCUGGCAUCUCGAAGCUGGGGACGAAACUCUGCGAUGAAUUUCUCAAGCGCGAUUGGGCCGGUGAUGGGAUUGUGAACGUCGACUUCUCCGCCGAAGCCGUGCGCAUCGGGCGCGAAACCGAGAGCAACAAAGCACCCUCCCACGCCAUGCACUGGCUACAGACCGACCUGCGAUCCUGGACCGACGUCUCUAGACUCGACACCUUCGCGCCCUUUGACGUGAUCCUGGACAAGAGCACGAGCGACGCGAUCGCGACCUCCACGCCGCUGGCAUUCCAUCCCUCCUCCUCCGACGCAUCAUCACCCGUAUGCCCGACGGUGCAGGACAUCGCAGACAAAAGCGGGGAGAUCACACUAUCGCCGGUGGAGUUACUGGCGUUGCACCUGGCUCCUUUGACACGAGAAGGAGCUCUCUGGGCGACGCUUUCGUACUCGACUAUGCGGUUUGAUAAUUUGGCCUAUCUGGCGCAAUACUGGACCGUGGUUUCGCGUACGCCGCUGAAGGCGCCGCAGGGGGAGACCUCGUCGUUUGCGUACGCGCCGGAGGUCUUCCAUUGGAUUUAUAUACUGCGGCGGAAGUGAUCCUGGAUGGGAGAUCGACUCCGACGCAAGUGACGUCAAUACCUACGAUUAGGAUAGUUCGAAUGAUAGACGCGACUGCAGCUUUACAAUAUUCCGCGGGCGGGAAAGUGUCCGUGAUGCGACGGCUGAGAUGUCACCACCCUAUCUGUGACACGGUUUGGUUGGUUUGAUUGAUUGGUUUUCUCACGCGAUGCCAGGUGUGGGUCGAGUGGAGG